AUGGAUGAAGCAAACGAGUUAAGCGUGUGGGAUGGUUACGUAGACUGGCGAAAUAAACCGGCGUUGCGUGGCCGCCAUGGCGGUAUGCUUGCUGCCUCUUUCGUUUUGGCUGUGGAAGUGUUGGAGAACCUUGCGUUCGCAGCAAACGCUAGCAAUCUAGUGUUGUAUUUGUCAAAAAAGAUGGGAUUUUCGCCGUCGGGAGCCGCAAACGCAGUAACCGCUUUUAUGGGAACGGCGUUUUUCUUGGCCCUUCUCGGAGGAUUUUUGGCAGAUGCUUUCUUCACCACUUUUCAUAUCUAUCUAGUCAGCGCUGCCAUCGAAUUCUUGGGCUUAUUGGUACUAACCGUCCAAGCCCACGAGCACUCCACGGAGCCAUGGGGUCGUGUAAUUCUAUUCGUGGGUCUGUACUUAGUAGCCCUCGGUGUCGGAGGAAUCAAAGGCUCGUUGCCACCGCACGGAGCUGAACAGUUCGACGAAACCACACUGAGUGGGAGGAAACAACGAUCAUUCUUCUUCAACUACUUCAUCUUUAGCCUCUCGUGCGGUGCAUUGAUAGCUGUCACGGUCGUGGUCUGGCUCGAAGAUAACAAAGGUUGGUAUUACGGGUUCGGUAUUUCAACGGCCGCGAUCUUGAUCUCGGUACCCGUUUUCUUGGCCGGUUCUCGAUUUUAUCGCCUCAAGGUUCCUAGUGGAAGUCCCAUCACGACUCUAUUCAAGGUCUUAACCGCUGCUUUCUACGCUAAGUUUAAGAGAAGAAGAACUUUAAGAAACGUUGUUACGUGUCAUACAAGAAACGAUUGUGACGACGAUACCAAACGAAAUGGCGACGUAGAUGACGGAAUUCUUGGAUCGUUCCUUGGUAAAGCUUUGAGAGAGCGCGAAUCGCUGCCUAGACUGCUUCGUUGCACGGAGGAACAAGUCGAAGAUGUGAAGAUAGUCAUCAAGAUUCUACCUAUUUUCAUGUCUACCAUUAUGCUUAACUGCUGUUUAGCUCAGCUCUCUACGUUUUCCGUCCAACAAGCUUCCACGAUGAACACGAAGCUCGGGUCGUUAGUCGUCCCACCCGCGGCAUUACCGGUUUUCCCGGUCGUCUUCACAAUGAUCUUAGCUCCGACCUACAACCACCUCCUCCUCCCUCUAGCUAGAAAAACAACCAAAACCGAGACCGGCAUAACCCAUCUCCAACGCAUCGGAACAGGGCUCGUCCUUUCAGUAGUCGCGAUGGCAGUCGCAGCCUUAGUAGAAACCAAACGCAAACGCGUCGUUGCGGAGGUUACUUGCUACUCAAGCAACAGCUCUACUUCUUCUCUUUCGCCGGUUCCUAUAACGUUUCUUUGGGUGGCUUUGCAAUAUGUGUUUCUUGGAUCAGCUGAUCUCUUCACUUUAGCUGGAAUGAUGGAAUUUUUUUUCACCGAAGCUCCUUCUACGAUGCGUUCCCUCGCGACCUCGCUCUCUUGGACGUCUCUUGCGAUGGGAUAUUACUUGAGUUCUGUUCUCAUCUCAGCUGUGAAUUUCGUCACAGGCUUAAAUCAUCACAAUCCAUGGCUUUUGGGAAAGAAUCUGAAUCAGUACCAUCUCGAGAGAUUUUACUGGCUCAUGUGUGUGCUUAGUGGGAUUAAUUACUUGCAUUAUCUCUUUUGGGCUAGCCGUUAUGCGUACCGGUCGAACCAAGGCUAG